UUCAAAUCAGUGGGUUAUUUUGGAGAGUGAGGUCCCUUCUCUUGUGGCCUUUUCAUCUUCUCCAGCUUUUUAUGUAAUCUUCAGAACUGCUCGCCGUCGAUAUGAUCUCCAUGGCGCUUUUAUGGUGUUCCUGUUAUCAUUCUCUGUUUCUCCACCACUCAAGUUGAUAUUGCUUAUUCAGUUUCAAUUAUUCUCUCCCAUUUGCUAUGUUGCUGACAUUACCAUCAGGUUCCUCAUGAGUACUAUCUGGCACCUUUUCUUGAUUAUCUUGGCAAUGGAAAGAGCUAGCAACCCAUUCUCUAGUCGACAUCUCCCCUUCUUCUUUCCCUACUUGCUUAAUGAUUUGAGCCGAUUCCUUUGUGAAAGAGUCUUCUCGUCUUGGUACCCCGUGAUGGGAAAUCGCCUUCUUGUAGGGUUCCACCUUUGUGCUUGACCACGUCUUCCUUCACCGUAUCCCUUGUACAUGUUAGAUUCCUCCAUUUGUUCUUAUCAAUACUAUUACUGAGAACAUCUUACAUUUCAUUAUCACCAUAACCUUGGUUUGAUUCGGGAUGUAGAAUCCUACAUUCUUACUCAUUAUGACCUUGAAGCAUACACCUUUUACGAUAUUUGGGCAAGAAAUCAUAUUGAAUUUUACCUUCUCUA